CGAGUCAGCUCUUGGUACGAAAGGUAGUUUUUUUGUGAAUAAAAUACGUUCGUGCAGUGCAAAAAUCGACUAUUGCAAAAUUUAAACUUUCAAUAAAUAACAUAAGUUUUAAGUGUAAUUUAUUAAAUUCUUUUUAAAUAAGUCAUUAACUAAACAAAUAUUACUAAAAACAUGGCCGAUUCAAAAGGUGAAGAUUUGGCUACAGCUAUUCUUAAACGUAAAGAUCGUCCCAAUCGUUUGAUUGUCGAUGAAGCCACCAAUGACGACAACUCCGUGGUGUCAUUAUCACAGGCAAAAAUGGACGAAUUGCAAUUAUUCCGUGGUGAUACCGUGAUAUUAAAAGGUAAACGUCGCAAGGAAACUGUUUGUAUUGUCCUUUCCGAUGAUGCAUGUCCCGAUGAGAAGAUUCGCAUGAAUCGUGUUGUUCGUAAUAAUCUAUGUGUUCAUCUAUCCGAUGUUGUUUCUAUUCAUCCCUGUCCGGAUGUUAAGUACGGCAAACGCGUUCGUAUUUUACCAAUUGAUGAUACCACCGAAGGUGUUACCGGUAAUUUAUUCGAGAUUUAUUUAAAACCUUACUUCUUGGAAGCUUAUAGACCCAUCCAUAUGGGUGAUAAUUUCAUUGUACGCGCCGCUAUGCGUCCUAUUGAGUUUAAGGUUGUCCUGACAGAUCCUGAACCCUACUGUAUUGUUGCACCAGAAACUGUUAUCUUCUGUGAUGGCGAUCCAAUUAAGAGAGAGGAAGAGGAAGAAUCUCUAAAUGCCGUCGGUUAUGACGAUAUUGGUGGAUGUCGCAAACAAUUGGCUCAAAUUAAAGAAAUGGUUGAAUUGCCGCUACGUCAUCCAUCACUCUUCAAGGCAAUUGGUGUUAAGCCACCACGCGGUAUUCUUAUGUACGGUCCCCCUGGUACUGGUAAGACCUUGAUUGCUCGUGCAGUCGCCAAUGAGACUGGUGCAUUCUUCUUCCUAAUUAAUGGUCCUGAAAUUAUGUCCAAAUUGGCCGGUGAAUCUGAAUCGAAUUUGCGCAAGGCUUUUGAAGAGGCCGAAAAGAAUUCUCCAGCUAUUAUAUUCAUUGAUGAAAUCGAUGCUAUCGCACCAAAGCGUGACAAGACUCAUGGUGAAGUGGAACGUCGUAUUGUUUCGCAAUUGCUCACUCUUAUGGACGGCAUGAAGAAGAGCUCUCAUCUGAUUGUUAUGGCUGCCACUAACAGACCCAAUUCCAUUGAUCCAGCUCUGCGUCGUUUUGGACGCUUCGAUCGUGAAAUCGAUAUUGGUAUUCCUGAUGCUACUGGACGUUUGGAGGUGUUGCGCAUUCACACCAAGAAUAUGAAGUUGGCCGAUGAUGUUGACUUGGAACAAAUUGCAGCUGAAACUCAUGGUCAUGUAGGUGCUGAUUUGGCUUCGUUGUGCUCGGAAGCUGCUUUGCAACAAAUCCGUGAAAAGAUGGACUUGAUUGAUUUGGAAGACGAUAAAAUCGAUGCCGAAGUAUUGGCUUCGUUGGCUGUAACUAUGGAGAACUUCCGUUAUGCCAUGACCAAAUCAAGCCCUUCGGCAUUGCGCGAAACCGUGGUUGAAGUACCCAAUACCACUUGGGGCGAUAUUGGUGGUUUGGAGAAUGUGAAGAAGGAAUUGCAGGAAUUGGUUCAGUAUCCAGUGGAGCAUCCAGAUAAGUUCUUGAAGUUCGGCAUGCAACCCAGUCGUGGUGUAUUGUUCUAUGGUCCGCCUGGUUGCGGUAAAACUCUUUUGGCCAAGGCUAUUGCAAACGAAUGCCAAGCUAACUUCAUUUCCGUCAAGGGUCCCGAACUGUUGACCAUGUGGUUUGGUGAGUCCGAAGCUAAUGUCCGUGACAUUUUCGACAAGGCACGCUCGGCUGCGCCUUGUGUGCUCUUCUUCGAUGAGUUGGAUUCGAUUGCCAAGGCUCGUGGUGGAAAUGUCGGUGAUGCUGGUGGUGCUGCUGAUCGUGUCAUCAAUCAGAUUCUUACUGAAAUGGACGGCAUGGGUGCCAAGAAGAAUGUCUUUAUUAUCGGUGCCACCAAUCGUCCCGACAUUAUUGAUCCAGCAAUCUUGCGUCCCGGACGUUUGGAUCAACUUAUCUAUAUUCCACUUCCCGACGACAAGUCUCGUGAAGCUAUUCUCAAAGCCAAUUUGAGAAAGUCCCCUCUGGCCAAGGAUGUUGAUCUUACUUAUAUUGCCAAGGUGACACAAGGUUUCUCAGGUGCUGAUUUGACUGAAAUAUGUCAACGUGCUUGUAAAUUGGCCAUUCGUCAGGCUAUUGAAGCUGAGAUUAAACGUGAAAAAGAGAGAGCUGAAAACCAAAACUCAGCCAUGGACAUGGACGAAGAAGAUCCAGUACCAGAAAUUACUCGUGCCCAUUUCGAGGAGGCCAUGAGAUUUGCACGUCGUUCAGUAUCUGAUAAUGACAUCAGGAAAUAUGAAAUGUUUGCCCAAACAUUACAACAAUCUCGUGGUUUUGGACAAAACUUUAGGUUCCCCGGUCAAUCCAGCAAUCAACAGGGUUCUGGACCAAAUGCACCUGCGAAUCCACCAGGCGACAAUGGCGAUGAUGAUCUAUACAGUUAGAUUUUUAGUUUUAAUUUUUUAUAUAAAUCAUAAAAAAACAUUUACAAGAAAAAUAAACACGAACGUACUACAUUCAACCAUCAUUUAAUAAGAACAAGAAGAAAUAA